AUAUGUAGAUAAGUAAAAGAAUAAUCAUAUAACUCUAAAAUAAACAUAGGAACAAAGAUUUAAAUUUGAUGUUAAUCAAGAAUACAAUGCUAUUUUCCACAUACCAUCAGUUUCAGUGUGACUUAAAAUCUGACUGUUCCAUAAAUAAGCACUUACCAUUUUGGGGAUAAAAUAACGUGACAUUAUUUUUUCUCUUUAAGUAAAAUUCUGUGGUGUUAGAUGUAGUGUACAGUACUCACAAUUUCAGGCACAAGGUGUCGCUCUUUACUUGAUGGAAAUAGUUCAUUCAAAGGUUGGUCUGAAAAGCCAGAACUCCCCACACAAAACGACUCCAUCAUGCCGAACGCUACUGUGAAAGGAUCUUUCGAAACUUCUCAAAAAUUCAGCAAGAUUUUUAACCCGAAACUGGAGUCUCUGGUACUGUAAGUGUGAAGAAUCUUAUUUUGGCAGUCAAUGUCGUAUGCGAUGUUCGGGUCUCAAAGAAGGGGAUUGGGCACUCGGCGACUGCUGCUGUCCCUUCUGCUCCUUGCGUUCUGGGAGGCGGGCAGCGGCCAAGUCCACUACUCGGUCCUGGAGGAGGCCAAACACGGCACCUUCGUGGGCCGCAUCGCCCAGGACCUGGGGCUGGAGCUGGCGGAGCUGGUGCCGCGCCUGUUCCGGGUGGCGUCCAAAGGCCGCGGGGACCUUCUGGAGGUAAAUCUGCAGAAUGGCAUUUUGUUUGUGAAUUCUCGGAUCGACCGCGAGGAGCUGUGCGGGCGGAGCGCGUUGUGCAGCAUCCACCUGGAGGUGAUCGUGGACAGGCCGCUGCAGGUUUUUCAUGUGGAGGUGGAAGUAAAAGAUAUUAACGACAAUCCCCCAGUGUUCUCUCUCAGAGAACAAAAGCUGUUCAUUUCUGAAUCUAAGCAACCCGACUCGCAUUUUCCUCUAGAGGGAGCUUCUGAUGCGGAUAUAGGAGAGAAUGCUCUGUUGACCUACAGACUAACUCCAAAUGAGUAUUUUUCUUUAGAAUUACCAACAAAUAGUAAGCAGACUAAAAGACUAUCACUUACAUUAAAGAAGUCCCUGGAUAGAGAGAAAACUCCGGAACUUAAUUUGCUACUGACGGCUGCGGAUGGGGGGAAACCCGAGCUCACCGGCGCUGUUCAGCUCCUGGUCCGCGUCUCGGAUGUUAACGACAAUGAGCCGGAAUUUGAGCAACCAGAAUAUAAGGUGAGAUUGAUGGAAGACGCAGCUAAAGAAACUUUUGUGAUAAAGUUAAACGCCACAGAUCCAGAUGAAGGAGUCAAUGGGGAAGUAACAUACUCCUUGACGUCGAUUAAGCCCAAUAGAAAACCCUUAUUUACACUAGAUGAAAAUAAUGGGGAAGUGAGGGUCAAUGGAACUCUGGAUUAUGAAGAAAACAAGUUUUAUGAAAUUGAAGUACAGGCCACAGAUAAGGGCAAUCCCCCUAUGGCAGGACACUGUAUAGUCUGGGUAGAAAUCUUAGAUGUCAAUGAUAAUGCCCCUGAAGUCACUGUGACUUCCCUGUCCCUCCCAGUACGAGAGGACACUCAGCCUAGCACGAUCAUUGCGCUGAUCAGUGUAUCCGACCGUGACUCCGGUGCCAACGGACAGGUGAUCUGUUCUUUAACGCCCAACGUCCCCUUCAAGAUCAUGUCCACAUUCAAGAACUAUUAUUCACUGGUGCUGGACAGCGCUCUAGACCACGAGAGCGUGUCGGUCUAUAAAUUGGUGGUGACAGCACAAGACGGGGGCUCACCUUCGCUUUCGGCCACCGCCAGCGUGUCCGUGGAGGUGGCCGACGUGAACGACAACGCGCCGGCGUUCGCGCAGCCCGAGUACACGGUGUUCGUGAAGGAGAACAACCCGCCCGGCUGCCACAUCUUCACGGUGUCUGCGCGGGACGCGGACGCGCAGGAGAACGCGCGCGUGUCCUACUCGCUGGUGGAGCGGCGGGUGGGCGAGCGCGCGCUGUCGAGCUACGUGUCGGUGCACGCGGAGAGCGGCAAGGUGUACGCGCUGCAGCCGCUGGACCACGAGGAGCUGGAGCUGCUGCAGUUCCAGGUGAGCGCGCGCGACGCGGGCGUGCCGCCUCUGGGCAGCAACGUGACGCUGCAGGUGUUCGUGCUGGACGAGAACGACAACGCGCCCGCGCUGCUGCCGCCUGGGGCGGGCGGCGGGGGCGGCGCGGUGAGCGAGCUGGUGGCGCGGUCUGUGGGCACCGGCCACGUGGUGGCGAAGGUGCGCGCGGUGGACGCGGACUCGGGCUACAACGCGUGGCUGUCUUACGAGCUGCAGCCGGUGGCGGGUGGCGCGCGCAGCCCGUUCCGCGUGGGGCUGUACACGGGCGAGAUCAGCACGACUCGCGCCCUGGACGAGGCGGACUUGCCCCGCCAGCGCCUGCUGGUGCUGGUGAAGGACCACGGCGAGCCCGCGCUGACGGCCACGGCCACCGUGCUGCUGUCGCUGGUGGAGAGCGGCCAGGCGCCGAAGGCCUCGUCGCGGGCGUCGAAGGGCUCCGCCGGCACGGAGACGGCGCUGGUGGAUGUCAACGUGUAUCUGAUCAUCGCCAUCUGCGCUGUGUCCAGCCUGUUGGUGCUGACGCUACUGCUGUACACGGCGCUGCGGUGCUCGGCGCCGCCCACCGAGGGCACAUGUGAGCAGGGGAAGCCUAGGUUGGUGUGCUCCAGCGCAGUGGGGAGCUGGUCUUACUCACAGCAGAGGCGGCGUAGGGUGUGUUCUGGGGAGGGGCCGCCCAAGACAGACCUCAUGGCCUUCAGUCCCAGCCUUCCUCCUGGUCUGGAUAGUGAAGUCCGAGAGGAAGGGCAGGAGGUGGGAUCAAAUCACCCUGGGCAGGUGAGUUCUAUAGAUUCUCCCUCUUUUGAAGUCUACGUUAAAUGUUUUAAAAUCCAGUUAAUUUCAAGAAAAUUUUAAUGUUUAAAAUUGAACUCUAUAUUUUGAGUAUUAAAGACCAACGUCUGUUAGUGAAAUGCCAAAUGAUACACACAUCCAAUUUUAAUCAUAUGGGGAAUCAGGUUUUCUAGCCAAUAAGUGUCGCAUUUCUCCUAAUGUUGCGUUAGAAACUGUUAAAAGAUGGAAGAAUGAUUCUCUUGUCAUCACUUUAUUAGAAAUAAUUUCUAAUUUUCACUGAUCUACCCAUGUCACUUCAUUUCAUCUCUAAUCCUCAGUAAUGCAGAUAAUCACUAUGGGUUAUUUAAAUUUACUCACACUUUGUGUCUUUUAACGGCCUUUUGCCUUGAUAUUUUCACAUUAUUAGAUCACUUGACUUUUCUCGCUUCAGGCUUGUAUCAAAUAUUGAACACUCUCUUCAUUAGGUCUGAAAAGGAUUUACCUUUCUUUUUCUAUGGUGCUAAACAUCCAUCAUACAUUUAUUAUCCAUUAAAUAAUCUUUAGUUUUGCCUCUACUGAUAAGAUUAAACCUGUUUUCACGUUAUUUGCCGUAAAAAAUGCAGUCUGGCCUUCAAGUAUACUGCUUUCAUUGAAAUAAUACAACUAAAAUUCUGUCCACUUUUUAUUUUGUUCCAUGAACUGGCUAGAGAUUUAUCUACUACAUACUCAAACAGAACUCCCAGAUUUAUGCUUCCAAAGUAAAGUAGGCAAAUAAAGUUAUUCAUAUUACUCAAUCAAGUCAUUUAAACUUGCCAAAGACUUGCAUAUAGGUUUAUAUCUGCAAUAUAUGCUAGUUGGCAUUCUUUCCUAAGUUUUGUGGAUUCAUCUAGAAAGGAAAAAGUUUACUGUACUAAAAUGAAGCCUAUUGACAAUUAUCAGUUUCGUUCAUCUCUCAUUUUAAAUUUUCUAUCUUUAAAUGCUUUAUCUCUAGUGUUUGUGAAAUUUUCUUUCCAUGUUGUGUAAUCAUAUCUGAAGAUUCUAGCAAAGAUCAUUUACCUCUAGGUCGUUCUUCUAAUUCACUGAUUCUUAGCUACAUGUACAGUGGCAGAAUCGUUAACCCUUUUGAGAAUCUGAUGCAUGUCAUAUGUGGCCAUUUUCCUCUUAAAAUUGCACAGCUUACCAUUUGGCAUAAUAUUCAAGGACUCCAUGCUGAAACCCAUUCUCGGACCUUUGGUCAUGAACCUUUGUACCUCAACAUUAAUUGGCUAAAAACAUUCUUUAUUCCAAAGUAGGCAAUGAGAUUAAAAGAGAAAAUAUUUCAGACUCGAAAGUGAUUAAACCAUGACAUCAUUUAUGAAACUUUGUAAAUAUAAUAAAAGUGAAUGUUAGGUAGGGCACACAUUAUUACUUAUCUCCAAAUGAACUUCUUGGAAUGAUUCAAGGUUAUUUAAAUUUAAUAAACAAAGAUAUUGGAAUUUUUUAAGUACAGGUUAAAAUUUUGCAAAUCAUUACUUUUACAGUUCUUAAGUAAUCAAUGCACAUUUUAGAUAAUUUCAA